AUGGUGACUAGUGUCAUAGCUCGUUGCAUUAUCGUGACGAUUGGCACACUUUAUCCAGCAUACAGAAGUUAUAAAGCACUGAUUAACUCGGAUUUAAAAGAUGUGGUGAAUUGUCUUCGAUACUGGAUUGUCUUUGCAAUAUUUAUUACUGCUGAAACAAUUACCGAUAUUAUUUUGUCAUGGUUUCCGUUUUACUAUUGGAUUAAAAUUGCCGUUGUACUAUGGAUGAUAUCACCAGCUGGCUCUACACUCAUUUAUAAACGUUUUGUACAACCUCUUUUAAAAGAACGAGAAAAAGAAAUUGAUGAGUUAUUAGAACGAACAAAAGAAAAAAGUUAUUCUACAUUAGUUGAAUUGGGUCAUAAAGGCUUUCGAUAUGCAUCUAAUUUAUUUUUAAAUACAGCACUAAUGGGUCAAGCUUAUCUUGGCGAACAUUUAAAACGAAGUUUUAGUACUAGCGAUAUUAUUCAGUCACAACUACAAGGAUAUAUAAAUAGAAAUGCUGUACUAGAAGAAGUUGAAGACGAAAAUGAUAGUGAAUUACAAGCACGUCUUGUCGAAGAUCGUCAGUUUUUAAAAAGUACAUCUGGUCGGCGACCAGUCUCACAUUAUCAAAUAUCAGAGAAUGAUGAUAUUGAAGAUCCAUUAGAAGAGUUAGAAAUGUCAAACGUUAUGGCUCAACGGCAACGAAAACAUCGUACUACUGGGAAAAAUGGAGCAACGUAUUCUUCAGCAGAGAGCUCCCACUAUGGUACAAUCUCGAAAGGGCAAGCACAACAAAUGUUAAAACGACCAAAAGUAACAAAAUCCGUUGGUACAGCAUCAAAAGUGAUAACAGCUGCCGUAUCAACGCCCGUAGUGGAAACUGUUUUGUUAACUGAGGGCACUGUAGCCGAUAUCGAUUCUAGUCAAGAUGUUAAUGACUCAACAAGAACUGAGCCCAAUUAA